UAUCACUCUUCUUGCUCAGUUUUGUUGCAACUGAGCUAGUCCUCCCAAAACGGCCGUUGUCUGACGACCUAACCUCAUGGAAGCAAACAUGCCCAAGAGAUUAACCCAGCUUUUUGUCAGCAGAUUAUCAUCGUUCACCACAAAUGAACGCUUCAAGAAGUUAUUCUCUCCUUUUGGGUCAAUCACAGAAGCUAGGUUAGUUAUGGACUCAAGAACUCAAAGGCCUAAAGGUUUCGGAUUUGUGACGUUUGAAUCUGAGGUUGAAGCGCAAAAGGCUUUGAAGGCCAUGAAUGGCAGGAUUGUUGAUGGGAGGCUAAUCUUUGUUGAAGUUGCCCAUGCAAAAUUGCCUGGAGAAGAUGCUUCCUCCUCUUGAUGAUCAAUCUCUCGGAAUUUAAAAUGUUGGCAUAUAUGAGCCAGAUAUCUGUGUGGUGCAGAACCCACGUCAGUGAUGUUGCCUACUCUAGAUUUUGUUUGUCCCAAUUCAUUCUCAUUCCAUUCAUUUUCAGCUUGCAUGCAUCAAUUAUCCUUUAUUGACAUUCUCAAUUCUGAUGUUUAUAUAUAAAUGGCACCGAAGAAUGUUGUUAGGUCCCCAAAUCAAAAUAUCAGUAUGUUAUUAUGAAAGUUGGAUUUAUCAGAAAA